GAGCGACCAUCCACCUUGUGAAUACCGACUCCGCCGAUCGGCGUCCCUUCCAAUGCGGUGUUCGUUACUGGGGAAUUUGAAUACUGUAUCGUAAGGAAACAGAAACGGCGCUUGGGAAAUGGUCCCCACCCUUCAGGCUGAUUGCGCCUCUUGCCGCUGGGGUGUCCCCGAGAGAGAAAAAUCGCGUGAUGGGUUGCGGAGAUUUGCGCAGAUGGAGGUAGAUUUUGGGUGAGAGAGACGCGCGGCACGAAUUGGAGCGGCAGGGCACGGCGCUUUGGACGGGAGUGGUGCGCAGAUCGGGUCGUGAUGGCGCUCGUUGUAGCACAGCCCAAGUGUAAGACGUGCGACAAGACUGUUUACUUGGUGGAUCAGUUGAGAGCCGAUGGCGUUUUGUACCACAAGGCUUGCUUCCGGUGCCAUCACUGCAAGGGGACGCUCAAGUUAGGGAACUAUGCAUCUUUGGAAGGAGUUCUCUACUGCAGACCCCAUUUCGACCAACUACUCAAAACGACGGGGAGCUUUGAGAAGAGCUUCGAUCAACAGGCUUCUAUGAAAGGGCAAUCUGGUUACGAGAGGUUUCAGACGCCUUCCAAAGGUUCGACCCAGUUUGUUGGUACACAAGAAAAAUGUGUCGCGUGUGGCAAAACUGUCUACCCCCUUGAAAAGACAACUGUGGAAGACCUGCCGUAUCACAAGUCCUGCUUCAAAUGCGCGCAUGGUAGUUGCACCAUAAGUGUAUCCAGCUACGCGUCUUUAGAAGGAAGGUUAUAUUGCAAGCAUCACUAUUCUCAACUCUUCAAGGAGAAAGGAAACUAUAGCCGGCUUACAAAACCGCCUGCAAUGAAACCGACGACAAAGAACGACAUCUUUGCUUAUUCCUGGGUUUAAUGCAGGAGGGAGGACGGAUGUCACUGCACUUCGAAUCCAAGCAAAGUCAAGAACAGGUCGGAAGAUAUACUGCAGAUACGAUAGACCAGUAGAGGAAAUACGUGCUCAACUCAAACGAUACAAACUCAUAAGAAUGCUAUUUGCUAUUAAGUGGCACUUACAAUACUUUGGUCUUUGAGGCGACAGUAUCAGGGUGAUGCAGCAUAGAAAACAUUUCAAUUUAUUUAUUGUAGUGUAGAAGUCAUGUUCAUCCAUCAUGGACAUUGCACUAUACCCACUUCCUUAUCAAUCAUAGUUACAAUCGGUUUGAACUUGGAAA